ACAGUAUGCUACUCAAGCAAAAUAACAGAAACAAAAGAGUUGUGUUGUCAUGGUCCUCCUGGAUGUCCCCUGUCCCCUCUCCCUCUGGUUUUUCUUUCUUUUUCUAUCUGUCUGUGCUGUGUGGGUGCACUAACCACACCCUGUGUUUUAGAGGUGGAUCUUCUGCCUACUCCAGCCAGACUGGGCACACCUGGGUACCUGAGGUGAUUACCCCACCUGUUUCUGAACUUGUGAUCUGCCACUCCCUACUGAGGCUUGAGGAAGACGUCCAUUUGAUGCCAGACUGUUAAUAAAGACCUGUUAGUGAGAUUGGUGUCUCAGUAUGGAAAUGUCUUGAUGCACGCUCAAUCAUCCAGACCUGGGGUAAAAAGGAGGAUUAAGGAUCUGCUGAACUGGCGGAGUGUCGUAACUGAGGAGUUAUGGAUCAGACGGCUUGAAUGUUCUGCUAUCGCUGGCAACUUGAUGUUCUAAAAACGCACUGAACUUGGAUUCUGAGUCUGUGUUUUCAGUCAGAAAACCUCAAACAUGACAGAUAAGUUUCCUUAGAAGUGCAGUAUGCAGAUGAUCUGAUGGAUCCAAAAAUGAAUAACUCCAGUGCAUCCUCUAACAAGAAAAGUCACCACAAAACAUUAAAGUCCCCUGAACCCAGCUCUGCAUCCUGUAAGAGUACUUGCUCAAAGUAUGAACCACUUACAUUUCAAGAUGGACAAUCUCCUUCCAAAAAGACCAGAGAUCAGGAGAAUCCUAGGUCCCCUGAACCCAGCUCUGCAUCCUGUAAGAGUACUUGCUCAAAGUAUGAACCACUUACAUUUCAAGAUGGACAAUCUCCUUCCAAAAAGACCAGAGAUCAGGAGAAUCCUAGGUCCCCUGAACCCAGCUCUGCAUCCUGUAAGAGUACUUGCUCAAAAGAUCAUGGGGACAAAACAGAGUCUGCCAGUUUUCCAUCUAUCCAUAACAAUCCUCAAGACUUGGACUCCAUAUUUGCAUUACUUCAGGAGGACAUUAUAGCAUUUGUGAAGAAUGAACUGCAGAUGAUUCAGAGUGUUUUGAGUCAAGGAAACUCUGACUAUUUAGAGACUCAGAAGAAGCACGAGGUGGGAGAUGUUGGUGAAGAAAAGCAGAUCCGGAUCAGGAGAACGGCUUUUCUUAAGAUCACACUGCAGUUCCUGAGGAGAAUGAAUCACAACGAACUAGCUGAGUCCAUCCAGAGCAAAACUAACACAAUGAACUGCCAGCGGAAAGUCAAAUGUAAUCUGAAGAAGAAGUUCCAGGUUUUGUUUGAGGGAGUUGCUAAAGCUGGAAAUCCAACGCUCCUCAAUGAGAUCUACACAGAGCUCUACAUCACAGAGGGGGGAACUGGAAAAGUCAAUGAUGAACAUGAGAUCCGACAAAUUGAAGCAGUAUUUAAGAAAACAGACACAACAGAAACGACAAUCAAAUGUGAAGACAUCUUUAAAACUUCAUCUGAAAGAGAUGGGCCAAUCAGAACAGUGCUGACAAACGGAGUGGCUGGCAUUGGGAAAACAGUCUUAACACAGAAAUACACUCUUGACUGGGCUGAAGACAAAGCCAAUCAGGACAUUCAGUUUAUAUUUCCAUUUACUUUCAGAGAGCUGAAUGUGCUGAAAGAGAAAAAGUUCAGCUUGAAGAAACUUCUUCAUCACUUCUUUUCUGAAACAAAAGGAGAAACCUACAACUAUAACAAGCCCUAAGUUGUGUUCAUCUUUGAUGGUCUGGAUGAGUGCCGCCUUCCUCUGGACUUCGAAAAAAAUAAAACCUUGACUAAUGUCAGAAAGUCGACUUCACUGGAUGUGCUGCUGACAAACCUCAUCAGUGGUAAACUCCUUCCCUCCGCUCGCCUCUGGAUAACCACACGACCUGCAGCAGCCAAUCAGAUCCCUCCUGAGUAUGUGCACAUGGUGACGGAGGUCAGAGGGUUUUCUGAUCCACAGAAGGAGGAGUAUUUCAGGAAGAGAUUCAGAGAUGAGCGACAGGCUAGCAUUGUCAUCAGCAAUAUCCAGACAUCGCGAAGCCUCCACAUCAUGUGCCACAUCCCAGUCUUCUGCUGGAUCACUGCUACAGUUCUGGAGGAUGUGCUGAAAACCAGAGAGGGAGGACAGCUGCCCAAGACCCUGACUGAGAUGUACAUCCACUUCCUGGUGGUUCAGGCCAAAGUGAAGAAGGUCAAGUAUGAUGGAGGAGCUGAGACAUAUCAAUACUGGAGAAAGAUGACAGAGUCUCUGGGAAAACUGGCUUUUGAUCAGCUUCAGAAAGGAAACCUGAUCUUCUAUGAAUCAGACCUGACAGAGUGUGGCAUCGAUAUCAGAGCAGCCUCAGUGUACUCAGGAGUGUUCACACAGAUCUUUAAAGAGGAGAGAGGACUGUAUCAGGAAAAGUUGUUCUGCUUCGUCCAUCUGAGCGUUCAGGAGUUUCUGGCUGCUCUUCAUGUCCAUCUGACCUUCAACUCUGGAGUCAAUCUGCUUUCUGAUGCACAAUCUAAAUCCAAGUUGUCCGAACUGUUAUUUAAGGACAACGCAGCUACAAAGUUUUACCAGACUGCUGUGGACAAAGCCUUGCAGAGCCCAAAUGGACACCUAGAUCUCUUCCUCCGUUUCCUCUUGGGUCUUUCACUGGAAACCAACCAGAGUCUCCUGCAAGGUUUGCCAAGGCAGCAAGACAGUUGCUCAAAACCUAAACAGAAAACAAUCCAAUACAUCAAAAAGAUGAUAACAAAAGUCUCUUCACAGAGAAGCAUCAAUCUGUUUUACUGUCUGAGUGAACUGAAUGACAGUUCUCUAGUGGAGGAAAUUCAAAAAUCACUGAGGUCAGGAAAACUCUCCACAAAUGAACUAACACCUGCUCACUGGUCAGCACUAGUCUUCAUCCUACUGUCAUCUGAAGAAAAUUUGGAUGUGUUUGACCUAAAGAAAUACUCUGCUUCAGAGGAGGCUCUUCUGAGGCUGCUGCCAGUGGUCAAAACCUCCAGCACAGCUCUACUAAGUGACUGUAAACUGACAGACAGAAGCUGCUUAUUUCUGGCAAACGUUUUUAACUCCCCAUUGUGUAAUUUGGUUGAACUAGACCUUAGUAACAACAACCUCCAAGAUUCAGGAGUGAUCUCACUCUGUGCUGGACUGCAGAAUCCAAACUGUCAACUGAAAACUCUCAGGUUGGACCAAAACAGCCUCACAAGCGCAUGCUGUCAGGAUCUCUCAUCACUCCUCAGCACCCAGUCCAGUCUGAGAACUCUGUCCCUGAAUUAUAACAAGCUGCAGAAUUCAGCAGUGAAGCUGCUUUCUGAUGGCUUGUCCAGUCCACAGUGUAAACUCCAAGUUCUCGGGUUGGAAAGAAACUGCCUCACAAAUGCAUCCUGCCAGAUACUCUCAUCAGUCCUCAGCACCCAGUCCUCCAGUCUGAGAACUCUGUCCCUGAAUUACAAUCUGCUGGAGGAUUCAGGGGUGAAGCUGCUUUCUGUUGGCUUGUCCAGUCCACAGUGUAAACUCCAGAUUCUCAGGUUGUCUUUCUGUUUUCUAUCAUCGGGAAGUUGUGGUUUUCUGGCUUCAGUUUUCAGCAAUCAGCCUUCCAGCCUGAGAGAACUGGAUAUGAGCCACAAUAGUCUGUUGGAUUCAGGAGUCAAGCAGCUCUGUGUUGGUCUACAGAGUCGAUCCUGUAGACUGGAAACUCUGAGCCUGGGGUUCUGUGGGCUGACAGAGAAAAGCUGUGAAUUUCUGGGUUCACUUCUCAGCUCCAAGGAGUGUCAUCUGAAAGUGGUUAAUUUAAGUGCCAAUAAAUUGCUGGAUUCAGGAGCGAUGAGGCUUUCAGCUGAACUACGAAGUCCUGACUGUCAAAUAAAAUCUCUCAGUCUGUCAAGCUGCUGGAUACGUGAGAAAGGAUGCACUUCUCUGGCUUCAGCCCUCACAGCCAACCCCUUCAGCCUGAAGGAGCUGGACCUGACCUACAAUUGUCCUGGUGACUUGGGAGCAAAACUGCUUUCUGCUAAACUGAAGGAUCCCCAAUGCAGCCUUGAGACUCUCAGGCUGGACUACUCAGGAGCAGAGGGUGCAAAGAAGGUUGCCUGCAGUCUCACACUGGACCCCGAUACAGCUCACAGGAACCUUGCUCUCUCUGCAGACAGAAAGGCAGUACUUGGGUCGAAACGACCAAUUUUACAUUCACGGUGGGAAUUAUUUCCUAGCAGUCCAGAGGUUUACUAUAAGUGGGAGCAGGUGCUAUGUACACAGGGUCUCACUGGUUUAAGUUAUUGGGAGGUAAAGUGGAAGGGAACUGUUUCCAUAGGUGUAACUUACAAAGCUGGACCUGACAAAGGUCCAGAUGAAUCGUGGCAUGGAGGAAAUGACAGAUCCUGGAUGCUGCUCUGCAAAGAUAAUCAUUACUCAGCGUGGCACGAUUACAAAGUGACAGAAAUACGACUUUCUCGGCGCCCCGCUGGUUUUCAAAAAGUCUGAGUUUUUUUGGACUGGCCAGCUGGCAUUCUGUCCUUCUAUGAUGUCACCUCUGACACUCGGCUCCACCUCCACACCGUUUUCUGCAGGUUCACUGAGCCCCUCUACCCUGCACUGUGGUUCUGGUUUACACUCGAAAUGUCCAAGUGCUCAGCAGCUUUGUGUGACCCGCAGGGAUAGCAGUCACCAAAUGUAAACAGCUAACUAAGUGCCACACAGAACAACCUUUGCACACACUGUGAUCACCUGACCACAUAUUUUGAGACACGUCAGACUCUGAUGCAGAAAUAUUUUAUUAUGUUUUUCUCUGAAAAAAGUGUUUGAUCACCAAGUCUCUGACCCUAAUGGUUAAGACUGGAAUUCAGAGUAAUUGGAAGCAGCCAUAGUCAGUCUCUGCAUGAAUAAUGAUUCCAUCAUAAAUACCUGCUCAUUAUUAAGUUAGCCCAGGGAUUAAAGAGCUGUUCUGCUCAUGUUCACUUCUAAAGUGUUUUUCUUGGACUCCAGCGUAGCUUUGUUCAGUUUAUUUAUCUUACAUGAGGACUUAUGUACUUGCCUUGUUUAUGAAUACUUCAGGACCUCAUAGAGCACAUUGUUAUAUUAAUUAACAUUACAUAGUUAUAUUUGCAAUGAUACAAUAAUGUGUUCUGGUAGAUAUAUUUCAUGUAUCUGCUGAUCAUUUGUAAUCUUUUGUUCUGGUCAUGAUUAAAUAAAUGCUUUUUAACAGAAGAACUGUGUGUACCAUAUGCUCUCCCACAACGCUGUGUAUGCUGUGACUGAAGCACAUCUUUAGUCUUCAUACUACAUCCUGGGGCAUACGUCACAAAUCUGUGGUUCUGAAUCUUUAUCUGGAUCAUGUGACUCUUUCAUCCAAUACAGUGUCUCUCUGUGGCUUUGACAAAAAACAAAUUACUACUGUUGCUUGUUACAAAGUCCUCCUGCCUCCCUGCAGUACCUCAGAUGCUAAUAUGCCUACACUGCACCUAAGGAGGCGGUGCUUCCUCUGCUCCGCAGAGCAGAGGUUGUUGAAGUCAUCAGAGCAGGUCCUCACCUACACAGCAGAGAUUCAGAGAGUAAAAAGGGACGUCCAUGUUGUCAAACUUGAGCUUGGGGCUGUGUCCACAGAUUGUCCACCCUGAAUCAGAGAUAUAGGCUGUGUCUCAAUUCAGGGGCUGCAUCCUUUGAAGGCCGAUUACGUCACAGCAACGAGACGAAGGCUGCUUCAAAUGCAUCCUUCAUUUCCCCGAAUUUGAAGGAUGGCUCAGGUGUGUCCUUCACUUUUGGAAACGUUUCAUGUAAAUAUUUUCUUCCGAGCCUGCAGAGCCGACAAAAGUGGAACUUCAAGACUCCUGACAUUCUUGGGGGCAAAGCAGUUAUGAUUGUAGAUCCACGGCUUCCCCGUGCACUGUGGCUGGUGGGAUGAAUCACAGAAACUUUCCCAGGAUCAGCUGGACUGGUCAGAACUUGGUGGAAGAUGAAGGAUCCAAACGCAGCACUCGUGCACGAAGGAAUAAACUCAAAACGGCAGCUUCAUUGCUGGAGAAAACUCGAACAUGUAAUACAAGAAAACAAAACUAGAAACUCAAAACAUGAAGCUCAAAACAGAAAACCAGAACAUCACCAGGAGCACAGAAGAAAAACAGCACUGUAAGGGGAAAUCACAGCACUUAAAUACACAAGGGACUAACAAGGAAAUGGGAAACAGGAGGCAAACACAGCUGGGACUAAUCUGACAUAAUGAGACGACGGGGAAAACUCAAAACUCAAUGCACUGAACACAGGACAAGAAACAGAAGACAGCCAAGGAGACGUGACUGACUAGGGAGGAACACAGGGAAGAUGCAGUGACAGAGAACUGAGACAAGCAUACAACACAUGGAGACAAAUAAUGAGAACAAGAAUACAGAAGGAAACCUUCAGUGGAGACACGACACCAGGAACUCAGGGGAGGCCCUGAAACAGAACAGAAACCAGGAACUAUAAAUAUAAUACAAGCAGGAAGCAAUCAUUCAAAUAAAAUAACUUAAACCAAACACAGAAACAGUGGGUCACCAGACCUGUACGUGACAUAACUAUGGCACUAACAGGAAAUCACAUAUUACUCCAGUUUUGGCUUCUGUUCGCUACAUACUGUAGAUCUUAAGUUAAUCUCAGAGAGGAUGGUUGGAGGACUUUGAUGGACAGUGCACAGGCUUUAAACCAUCUAAGCCACAUGCAAGAGUGAGAGAAGAAGCACUGAUCUGCAUGUCUUAAAGUGGUCAUUGCUUGUAUGGAGCUCAGAGGAGUUACAUAAAAAAUAAUGCUGUUGGUAAUUUUCAGAUCAGACAAAUGAUCAAAUUUGAGAACUUUAAACUGAAAGCUGGAAAGUGUAAGAGGAAUAGUAACUAUUAGACUAGAGGGAAGAAGCUCAAAUGUAAGAAUCUGGAGCCUCAGUAAACAUGUAGGUGAAGGGAACAGAGGGGAUUUAGAUGUGUUGGGCAGGUGUGGUGUUAAUGAGAUAAAUGCUGAAGAACAAAUAGUGGCAAAUUUUGCAAAAAGAAGAAUAAGAAUGGAAAUGACUGUGGCGAACCCAUAGUUCAAGAAAAGGGAGGAACAUAACGUAAAAUAGAAGUGGAGGAAGGUGCACAGGUUGAAUAUGAUGGAGGUGCAAUCUGAAAGAAAUAGGAGACGGUUCUUCAGGAAAUGCAGAAGAUUUGUAAGGAGGAAGUGAGGGCAGCUACAGCAGGGUCCAGUUGGUCCAGAUGAAAUACCUGCUGAUGAACUUUUUAACCAGCUUGUUUAACACAAUCCAUGAGAGUGAGAGGAUACCAGAGGAACUGAGAAGUGCAAUGGUACGGAGUUUCAAGAACAAAGGUGAUGUGCAGUGCUGCAGUAAAACUGAUGAAAGAACUGUUGGAACUAGGUUAACCCGCGAGGUCUUUUAGGUCAAACUAACCUACUUCUUCAACCAUUCACGCAAUCGCAAAAUUCAAAUGACUCCUGAAAGCCGCAACUGUGCGUUUCAGUGAUAUUAGGGUCAUUAUGGUGAUUCACUCCCAGGCAAGGCGCCAAAUCCAAAUCUUGGCAACUAACACAGAAAACAAUGCAGCAAAGAGCAAAAACAAAACACACACACACACACACACACACACACACAUCUGAGCCCCUUCUUGUUUGCAGUGGUGAUGGGCAAGUUGACAGAAGAGGUGAGGCAUGAGUCUCUGAUAUUUGCAGAUGGUAUUUUGGUUGGUACUGAGAGUAGGGAGCAGCUGGAGAGGUGGAGGUAUGCACUGAAGAGAAGACGAAUGAAGGCCAGUGGCAGUAAGAGAGAAUACACGUGUGCCAACGAGAGGGAGACGGGUGGAAAGGUGAACAGAUGAAGGUGAAGAAGAGAGUGCAGGCAGGGUGGGGAUGAGUGUCAAGCGUGAAAGAAUUUAAUAUGCCAUCAACCUGGCUAGCAGCUAAAUAUUUACAUAAUGAAUACAGGUGCUCAUGUAGAUUAAUGUGCAUUGUCCUUUUUAAAUAAAAAUAAAUGGUAGUGAGACAUGCUGUGAUGUGUGGUUUGGAGAUGCUGGCGCUGACAGAAUGACAGGAAGCAGAGCUGAACAUGGCAGUGAUGAAGAUUUCAGUGUGAGUAACCAGAAUGGACGGAAUUAUACAGCGGGAUGCAAACGUUUGGGCAACUUUGUUCAUAGUCAUUAUUUUCCUGCAUAAAUCGUUGGUUGUUACAACAAAAGUUAAAUAUAUCAUAUAGGAGACGCGCACAGUGAUGUUUGAGAGGUGAAAUGAAGUUUCUUUUUGUUCUUGAGCUCACUUUAUGUCGCUGUUUUAUAGUGAAAGCACAGAGAUUUGUAAAUGAGUCAUACUUCGGAUAUUGGGGCGUUAUUAUAAUUGUAAUCAUACACGUUUACCACUUUUAAAAAAUAGUCUAACGUCUCCUCAGACGUUUCAUCGACUUUUAAAGUGUUUGCGGAGAGGUGAGCGAGAGAGGCGGUGGAGCGACGCAGACGGAAACAGCCAGAACCGUCUGGGCGGAGAGAGAGGGAGGACUAUAUACAGCGGCGGAAGGAGCGCAGCGUCACAGAGGUGAGUGCUGCGGAGCUGCCAUCAGACAGGAGAGAAGCUCGUCACCCACUCAUCAACCAGCGGCUUGUUCUCAGGCCCUGCUGCAGAAUCCCUCAUCAUGA